AACAAAUGCGUUUAUGAAAGUAACUGGUACUUCAGGAAUCAUCAUUCGCACCCAAACACCUCGAGAACAUCAAGUCACUAACCGUUUUCGUAGGAAACUAUUUCUAUGCGCACUAAAGGUGAGUAGAGUCUCACUAUAAACUACAAACUUGAAAACAAUUUUGCUAAUUAACUAAUACUUCAUCAAUUAACUAUUAUUUCAUCCAAAUACUCCAAACUAGAAAAAGCUAAGACAAACUAACUGAAAAAAAUGUUAUGAAAUAUGUGCUUAUUGUUCUUUCGUGGUGCAUCAAUCGAUACUUAAUACAUACAUCAAUCAAUUUAUAUAAUCAAUCGAUCUCAUCGCCUGAUGAAGACUAGUGGUAUUGCAGUCAUUGCGAUCAACAUCCAAAUUGACUCUAUCUUGAGACAAACGAAUAAAGUUCAUUUCCUAACUGAAAAAAUAUUAUAUCGAACUACACCGGAACUACACCAAACCAUGCUGAAGAACUUCAGCUACGCUCAGCAUCCUGCACCAAAAUUCACAAAAGUGCACCAAACUACACCAACUUACUCCAAACUACAACAAACUACACUAAACAACACAGAAUUGUAUAAACUACGAAAAACUGCAAUCGGACUACCAUCUGAACUACAGUGUACUAGAUUAAAGCUUCUUUAAUGCAAAGCAACCUCACUGAUUUCACCAACUACACGGACUGAAACUUAAAGUAGGCGGAAGUACACUCAACUCCACCAGAUGCUAAAUUAUCAACCACACUAAACUACGGUCAAUUCGUUUCUACCACAACUAUCCUUAAAAACUAUAUAAACUUUUAAUGAUAAGGUUUUCACGUUCAACAGGUUAUCAUGUAUAUUCUCCUUUCGGUGGAAAAAACUGAAGGCAAAAACUUAAAAUCACCUUAAGGAUGGUCUUCUACGUAGCGGCUGAGAAUUGAUAUGUCAGCACAGUAGCGAAAAAUGUCAAGCAUCACACUUACACGAUCAAAAUUUUAAGAGAUAAACAGUUGUUACCAUGGAGAAAGGUUUCAUUCUCAAAAACAAUUGAAGUGUGAGCUGUUCAACAAUAAUUGUUGAAACAAUGUUCUGAUAUCCUAAAGUAGGCGUUUUAGCCUUCACUGACAUAUUUUCAUCUCACAAGAAAAAGAAUCAUGUCUUAUACAGAAUUUUCGCCACAUUUUGAAUCACAUUUCGCCAACACAAUAACAAGUUUGUGUCAUCCUUCACUCGUUCAACUUUCGUAAACUCAUAAAUAUUACAAGAACUGGCCACACGUUUCUCAGUCCUAGUGUUCGAAUGCUCAUAACAAAUAAACAGUACACUUCGGAAGACUUGGCAGCUGUUUCUAUCCACUUUCCUGUCGAUAGGAAAGAUAACAGGAGAAAGAGAAUCCAGAGGGGAAUAGUAUUUUCAGCCGCACGAUCGAUCAUUUUGCACACGCUGGCCGGGUCACCACACUUUUAUCACUGGCAUCACUGACAGCAGGCGCUGAUGGUAGAUUAAAGUCAUUAAUCGGAAAAUAAUUUGUUCCUUGUUGCCUUUUCAGCUUUACGGGUUGAGUCUGUUGCAAACAUCAUACAGUUGUGAUUUAAUAAAAGCGAAAUCCCCUGCGAAUAAAGGUAAGCCCUUAAUGGUUUAAAUAUGAUUGUCAUCGUAAAAAGAGGACGACGAAGCGGAAAGUAUUAAAUCACUUUCAUGAGCUAGCCUAAAGGCAAUUAUGUUGUUAUGCUGUCCUCAUCAAAAUGGCGUCUUCAGGUCCAAUUUCAAGAAUCUGUCUCGUCCUUGAGUUCCGCGGCAUUUUGAUCUCGGAUCCUAAAGUUAAUUCCCAAAUCUCCUGAAAAGCUAAUAGAGAGAAAAAUGAUUCGUUUGCGGUAAAAUUUUGCGAUUAAAAGGAGUGUGAAAGUAAGGCGAACUCGUCAUGUCCGAACUUGAUAACAAGGAAACAUAACUCGAGGUACGCGCUACUUGUUUUGGGAAAAAAAUAGCAAAGAUAAUUCGGUUAGAAGUGGAUAAAUAUGCUUCUCAUUUAUCGCCGAACCAGUGUCCGAGUAGAAUAUGGUUUGAUGCAGAUUGUUACUGCUGUGUUUGGCCUUUUGUUUUCUAUUAUCAAAUAUGUUUCUGAUGUGGUUUAAAAUAUUUGAAGCUUAACUUUUAGUGUGCAUCUGCGGUCGCACUAACGGCUAGCAGAUGCCAAGCCCGAUUUUUUUCAUUUUCAUUGUAGUAUUAAGAAAAUUGAAGAUGGAAAUCUUUGCGAAAUUUGCCUCCAGAAUUUCGAAAUAACUGCUAUCUUUGCAUUACAAUAUGCACGCAAAGAGUUGCCCACCAGCGCGGGAAAAUAUAGUCAUACUCACAAUAGCGCAAACAUUUUUGGUUUAUAUCGAAUACAUCGCUAAAAAUAAGAAGAGACCUACAGGAACCAGGAGGUUUUCUUUACGACUGAUGAUUCCUGAGCGUGCACUAUUUACAAAUAGGCAUUCGAUGCCGUGAGCAACGACGCAGAAAGAUAAGUUUAAUUGCGCGCCAUUAGAAACUGACAGAGAGGGUUCGAGCUCAGAAUUGGCGGCACGACCUCCACCGAUAUGAUCAUAUGCGUAAUAAGCGUUAUGCCCAAAAUAUAAGAGUUUGUAUGGGAAUAUUUACGACCACUCUAAGGAAUUAAAAAUACAGACAAUUUUCAAUGAAAAAUGCCUCACCUUACUUCCACAGUGUAUCGCUUGUUGUCUGAACGCUUACUUUGUUAAAACGAGGCCGUUAUAGCGAGUUAUCGUUACAAGAUUGCACACUCCAUUUCCGAAGCGAAAAAUCCAUACUCAAAAUGACCGAGCGGCCACAAAUCCAACGCAGAAUCUAGCCAAAUAAUCAGUAGUUUCAUUUCAAUUCUCUACCAACUUGAUCCUCCCGGUGGAACCGACGCCAAGCCGCAGUUUGCUUCCAAAAUUUCCAGUUUACACGUUUCUAACCCGCGAACACAUUCGCCACGACACGCGACCGUUGAAACCAGCUAAAUUGGUGUCAACUUACGGCGUGGUCCCUUACUUUCUAGGAGUGGUCCUAAAUAUUCCCAUACAAACUCUUUCAUUUUCGCCAUGACGCUUAUUACACAGGAUGAUCGUCUCACAGCUGGAGCUUGGGCCGCCUGUGAGCUCAGAGGCAGUGAUGCGAGUUAAUUAGGAGCCUCAAACCACAGAGGCCACGUAGAGUUCACUAAACAUAAGGAACAUGGCACGAGAUGCUAUUCUAGCACAAUUCAGACUCUAUAAAUAUUACAAAAAGAGACAAAGAAAUCAAGCAGCAAUAAGGAAACACUAUUAAUGUGACUCGAAUUUCCAAAAUGACGAAAUUCACCAGCCACAUUAUAAUGUAGUCAUGGAAGGGAAACUUUUCGCUUGAACAGUAAUUGUCAAUUAAUAAGUCUUAAUAGCUGUAUUGCAAAUCAGACUUUGAUCUCGCUGCCCUAGUCAAAAUAAAAUCCAAAGGAUGACUGAUCACAAAUGAAUAACAAAGGCAAUUUUCUUCGACAGUUACGUGGAGAAACCAAGAUAUGAACAUAUUUCAUGAACUUUUCGAUGGGAAAUAGAACAUAAUGAUAAAGAAAUAUCAAAAAUAAAUAAUAAAAGGAUAUGAUAAAAAUAAAUGAUAAAUAAAAUGAUAGAAGUAAAUGAUAAAUAAAAUGAUAAAAAAAUAAAAUAUUUGACAUUCCUGCUUCGUAAUUAUCACUUUUCACAAUUGCUUUUUAAUCGACCAACUAACACCAUUCGAUUUCUACGUUAGGAGACAGCCGAGAACCCAAAUCCUCGCAAGUUUCUGUUGAAUCUUACCAUAAAUUUCCUCAGAUCUUUACUUUGCCAGAAGAAAGAUGUUUUUCAGGAAUAGUGAUUUUCAUGGAUUCUUAUCUCUCUUUAUAUAGAAGUUUCCCAGAACCUGCUGCUCCGACUCACAGUUUUCAUUAAGACCAUCCACCACCUUGAAAUUACUUCUUUAGGCCAUUCACGACAAUUUUUUGUGUAUGUUAAAGAGCAAUGUGAUCAUUGGUUCACCAAUCUGUUAAGUAUCUGCUCUCUUCAGGCUCAUUAAGCAGGAAGAUUGAGGCGAAUCUUUUGCAUGCAAAGAAUCCGGAAUUUUCGCAAAACAUUUACAAAGCCUUUUUUGCCAGUCCCGCUUUUGUCUUAGAAAAUAUAUUUUUAAUCACAUCAAAGAAUGGAAACGACGGUUACUCCAUAGUGUGUUUACCACAUGAUUUGACACGAACAGUAUGAUAUUUAUCAUUAAUUUUUCUUUUGUGUUAGCUAAUCAGAAAAUAUUGAUAGAACAAAGCCCCUGAGAUGUAACUUCUAAAGCAUAACGGGUUCAUUUUUUUUCUUAAUUCGGAUCUUGAAUGUCGAUGAAAGGAGGAAAGGAACCCGUCGGUUUCAUUUUGAUCAGGGGCACUGCUAGUAGACUAUGUUAAGCGGAUUCGGAACAGGACGAUAAUAGUUGUCAACAAAAUAAUUUUCGUAUCUAACCCUAAGGGAAAAGAAAGAGAGACUAAUUGAUCUACUUUUGUCACGAGAAUUAGUCGCAAAAGUAGCGUGACAUGAACGGACAAAUUAACCUCCGUUGUCCUAUAGACAGGGGUUCCUUUUUGUUGUAAAGAGCUCAGAAAUUAAUGCAGAUAAAAGAUAAAAUAUUUUUUAUUUAUUAAGGUAAAUAUUGUUUUUACGUUGAACUCUUGCACCUUUAUAUGAUUUUCAUGCAAGGAUUGUGUCCAUUUUCUGGGACAAGCCCCUCAAAGCACUCCUAUGCUUUUGAAUCUCUAACGAAGGGCCGACUUGUAAAACGUCAGCUUUCUUUUCUAACAGCAGCACAAAAACUCUCAGCGGUUUCUAAGCAAUUAAAUUUUUAGUUGAUGAAUAAACCAAACACUCCCCUUAGAGCCUGGGAACAUCCGGUUGUGGAUCCAUCCGAGAUGUACUAGUUUUUAUCUUAAAAGAUAUGUAGUUGGAACGCUAUUAAUACAGUGUAACUGUCUCCAGGCUCGAUUACCGCAAGUUCAGCAUUAAAAAAAAAGGACGUCGAAGCACUGAUCAAGAGCACUGGACUUUAUGUUGAUUUCCAAUGAUUUAUCUUUAUUACAAUAUGCCAAUGCUCAAAACCGUCAAAACAAAAUACAAAUAAAAAUAUCUAGUCCAUGCGACGCGAAAGGACAAAGCCGAACAAUAAUUGGAUGUGAUAAAAACACGAACACACGAAACGGCAAAACAACUAAACCCGAAAUAAAACUGAUGAAAUGAAACUAAGAAAGGUAAAAAACACAUGCUUACAGAUUGUCUCCUCUGUACGCCUGAGUAGUCAUAAACGCAGGAUCCAAAAACUUCACAAUAAACGCGAUAAACUUAGCAAACGCAAAAAACACAGACCAUGCGCACAGGCGACCAGUAAAGACGCACGAGGUUCUGAAAUACGAUCUGACGGAAACGUCACUAAUAUCUAACCUGGACAGUUACAACAGAGAUUACUCAACUUUAAGAAGAUAGCAUUGAUAUUAAAUUUAUUUCUAAGGUCUACUUCUUACCUUAAUAUAUAUAUAUUAUACCUUAAUAUUUAUAUUGGAUGAAAAGCUUUCAAUAAAAAAGAGAUCACUCAACUGAGCAAGAAUAUAGUAUUGAUACUAUUUUUAUUUCUUAGAAGAUUUAAGACCCCACAUCGAAUAUAUCGAGCCUUUAUUUUGCGGAAAGAGGUUUUUUGAAACACAAAAGCUGAAUUGUGUGUAAGUCCGGGUCUUAAAACUGGAAGCUUAGCCUGCGUAUAAUAAAAGUGGAGCUCGCAGCGCGCGCAGCGUAGCCCCAUAACUAUACGAAAUAGUAGUAACCCAAGGAGCCAAAAAAAUUUAGACUUAUGACCGUAAGGGCAUCCUUUGAAGGUGUUACUUCUAGCAUGCGCGGCCAACUGUACCACGAGCACUAUCUUAGCUAUUUCGUAAUGGAAGGGCGAGGAAGAAGAUAAUGUGCAAGCUCGAUUGCCUACGUAACUUGGAUACCCCAGUAGCGUGCGCUAGGAGACACCGGCAAGAUGACAAUGAAGUGCGCAUACUCGCGUGCCGAGCUUUAGUGCAGCAUACCGCGGGCAAACGGUUGGGCAUUACACGAGGGCUUCACAUGGGCUAGUAGAUGUGAAGCUGUGUAAGCAUAUAAUUCGCAACCCGCCUUUUGAGCGGGAAAUCAAACUGGCGAGGUUUUAGUUGAACAGUAAUUCUCAGUAUUUUGCAAUUUCUAAUCAGCUCGCAAAGCAACAAUACUGGCAGAGCUAUAGCUUUGUCAAAUGGAGGAAAUUGUUUUAGUUCAAGUUCGUGGAGAGAGGGUUUUGAGUGAAAAUAGGCUGGAUAGAAAGAGACAGAGCGACCAAAGAAACCAACCAGUACACAACGUAAAGAAAGUUAGAAAAGGCGCCAAAAUAGGCAGAAUAUAGCGAGAGGAACGCGAAGAAAACGAGAAAAGGCAUAAGUAAAAAGGCAAAUAUCUAGCGAAAAGUAACACGAGAAAGAAAUUCGAAGUCGCUCCUGAAAACAGACUGAAAAGAGAUCAUCAACAAAGACAAGCAAACUACAAAGGAUCCGAGAAAAAAGAGGAGGUAGGUCGUGUCUUAAUUUGGUUUUUUUGUACGCUAAGGCCUAGGAAAAUUCCAACCUUUUUUUUACCAAUCGUCGUUUGAUACUAACUUCAGUUUUUAAUUAAACUGAUCACAUUUGGGUAAAACAUUGACUUUGGCAUUUAUCGCCUAAAAGCCCUUACGCCAGUUCAUUGCUCGAAUAACAUUUCAUAGGGUUUGUAUUCUUCAGCUUAUUUCUUGUCCUAUUGUUUGGAAUGUGUAAUAUAGUCGUGGUGUUAGGGGAAAAGAAGUUAUCUUUCUAGGAUUUUGUUUUGUUUUCAAAUUAUGGCGAACGGCGAGCGCAAUUUUCUACUUUUUUCUCCCUUCAGUUAUUCAGUAAACUAUCGCAGGAUUUACAUUAUGCAUUUAAAAGAAUCGCGCUUUGUCGAAAAUCAAAAUGAGAUUAAGUUAGCGAUGUUCAAGUUACAUUAAGUCUGACGCGGUAAUUCGAUUUUGACAAUAUUGUCAUGCAAGAACCCGUCAAACAUCUGAGAAUUUAAUUACGUACCGCAUAUGUGUGGUGCAAACAAACUCACAGGUAAAACAGAGGUAGUGCUACAGCGGGAUGAGUGAAUUUCAUUGUUUGGUUGUCUUACUUUUCAGCGCUAUGUUUUCAUGCUUUCUACUCGAUUCGUUCCAACUUCAGGAAAUGGUUUGUCUCACAAAACAUGGAGCCACUUUCUCUUCGCUCAAUAUCUCGAGGCGUACUUAUUGCUCGGGUUAUGAUAAACAUACUUGCGAUACGAUAAUUUUUUCUUAAUGCUGGAAACUGUGGAAUCAAUGUCUGGAAUUGAUAGUCAUUACAUUUUGCAAGAAGCGUUCGACUUUUGAUUGUGUAAUUAAACGGGGUCCUGGCAAUUUGAGCUCACAUGCACGCUGGUAAGCACAUGGUUAGCGUAAACAAUUGUUGCUUACAGUUCUCGAAUUCAAGAGCAGGUGUUGUGAAAAGGUUUGCUUAGCUUUUUCAUUGUUACACAUUUCUUUUUCGAAGAAUCUUGCUUAUCCGGUGCAUGCUGAAUUCUAAUUUUUCAACCAAAUUUUCUUUUCUUUUGAAUAUUCUGAGAUCUCCUAGCAUCAGUUGAUAUUCAUGUGAUUAAAAUAAUUACAUGAAAUCUUCCAGAUAUAUAGCACAUAAUUUUUUCCUCUGAUCCUCUUAACAUUUUAUUAUGUGAAAAUACUGGUAUUGGCUCUAAAAGUGUAGUCAAAUUAAAGUUUUUACGCACAUCCUAUGCAUCAAAUUUGUGUUAUAAAAUGUUGUAUCCUUCUUAAAACUAAUUAAACAGAAUAAGAAUGAGUUACCAGGCACAAGUAUGGCUUCCACGAUGAUAGUUUCCAAGUUUGAAAAAAGUCACAGCCUACUAAAAUCCUCAGUUCCUUUGCCCUGACAGCCCAACCUCAUCAAAACAUUGCCAACAGGAGCGAUUAGCAAAUUAAUAAUACAGACAAGAGAGCCUAUUCCCACAUCCACCCCCCUCAAUCCCUUUAGCUAAUUAUGGACAUAGCAUUUCAAACGUAGUGAAUAUGCCACAAGUUUUCCAUUUCCCUGACUAAUUAUUUUGAAAUAGUGUUUAUAAGUUGUGGAAAAUGGUUUGGUUGAAAUGUAAUACGAAGACUUGCCAGCAGAUAGUCACAUGAAAAUUUUUUGCAUAUUAAUAAAAUUUGUCGUUGCGUUUCAUGUUAACAAGUGGCAACAACUCCACCUUCCAGUAAAUUCAAUUAUUGACAAACGUGAGAAAAAACCAUCUAAAACUUUUCAACCUAUUUAAUAUCGCCAACGACAUUAUCAACUCAACUUUUAAACUAAAGAAAAAACUUGAUUGAAGUUUAAAAAUUAAUUUCUGUAAUGUAAAAAUGAAUUUUCCAAUUCUUUUUUUUCCUGCAGUGUGGCAUUCAUAACGCAGAAUAUUCCCCUCGAAUUCUUGUCUGGAAAAUUAACCAAAACCGAAACUAUACUUUGCUUUAAUUUUGACCCAAAUAGUUGCACGAAUGUAAGAAAGAGAAAAUAAGGCUAAACAUCAGAAACACUUAUUGUGAGGCGUUUUUCUCGGCUAACUGCAAUGUAUUGUGAUAGGAAACGUCGUUCCGCCAUGAUGAAUUUUUUUAGCAUAUGCUAAUUUAGGUGUUGAUUGAAAAUUACUCCACUGCAACCUUGACCGCACCUUGACCUUGACCUUGACCUUAUUAUCAAAAGAUUAGCCGGCUAUAGUAUAGUUUCCCUCGCAACUGCUGUACAUGACAAUAUCCGUAGAUUUUUAAGUCAGUAUUUUGAAUCAAUCACUUGACACUCAGAUCUUAUGACCAGAAACAAUAGCUCAGCAGGUGCAUUCUUUACCUUUCUCAAACGUACUCUACCAAACGACAACGUGAAAUCGUCAAAAUUUUUGUAGUCUGAGAACCGAAGCCCUGACUGCAAAUUUUUAAAGUUUGCAUUUGUACUACGUUGGUAACAUAGGUAUUGCUAAAAGUUGAGGUGUAGCGCCUUAAGGGACGUUAAACAUUUGAAGCCAUUCACGAUAUUUGAACCAUAAGUAUUUAUUUAUUUUUAAGCGAAGUUUUUCUCGUCAUGACUGCUUAAGGUCCCUGAUAUCAUCUGAAGACAAGGACUACAAGGUCAUUUGGCACAUGUGACUCAGAUAACAUGAGUUUCAUUUAUUUGUUAACCCCUGGGAAAUGUAGUUAAAAACUGGGUUAAGAUAACCCAGGGUUGGUGUGAAAUCUGAUUUCAGAUCUGUAAGCUUUAAAAAAAAGCUCAGAGUGAUUUUCUGCAAUUUGAUUAUUGGAUGCCCUCACAAGAAUAGAGAAUUACUGAAAAAAUGUAUGAAAAAAGCUUUUGGAAAAAAGGAAUAAGGAAACCGGAUGAUAAUUUAACCAUAUUUUGGUGCUUAUCGUCCUUCGAGCAACUGACUGGAUUAGAGAGUCCAUGAGGUGGUGGCUUUUUACGGCUAACGGUUAAAAUUUUGGCCUUUUUACGGCUAACGAUUAUUAUCAAUACCUUGCUGUCACCAGAAAAUUUUUUACGGUUAACUCCUUAUGUGACUAAAGGUUAAAAUUUGUCAAUUUUAACGCCUAAGUACUAAAUUUUUAACGGUUAACCCCAUGUAGACCCUCUAAUAAUACUAAAAUUUAAUGAGAGAGCCCAACUCGCCCAGGCAGUUUUUAGUGGGACCCUCGAGACGUAAUUCACAUUUUUAAUCUGUAACCAUGGCAUUUCUUUAGCUUUAUUUAGCAAUUAUUCCAUGAGAACGAAAUUUAUAUGAGUCAUCCUUUAAGUAUUUUAUUUUCAGGAAGCGUAACUGUUAUUUUAUUGCAAACAACCAAACAAAUAUCUCAAAAUUUGCCACAGAGAGUGCGGAAGCAAAACAAGUUUCGUACAUUCCGCGAAAAAGGUCCAUAGCUUAUGACCAAGGGUCGAGACCAUAGCCUCGAUUCCAAUCAAAAUUCAGAAGCUGAGAAGAUUUCAAUAUUUAUAUCAACAACGGAACAGAUACUUAAAAGUAUUGUUUGAGUAGCUUGCUCCGUAAAUGUUGUCGAAGUUGAAUUAUUUAUUGGUAAGGCAAAGCGUAAUGUUUGUGAAACUUAUUAGAUAUUUGCACUACGUGAUUUUAUGAGAAUAUCCGUGACACCAAUAAUCACAGAUGUUUUCACGGUGUUUUAAAAACGUAUAAUUAUCAGCUGGUUGAGCGAAAAGCGAAAAGGUAAAUCAACAGUUUAAAUACCCGUACUAGAAUAAGCUUUAUGUUUGAAAAGUGUCGAAUUUUCCAGGGGCUAUGUUCAGCAAUUUAUUAUUUAUGACAAAAUUUCUAUCCAGAAAGGUUACCUAUUUAAAUUUGAAAGGCUUUAGUCGCUUGCUGAAUAAAACUUAAAACUCAAAUUGUCUUUUGUUUCACGACAAACCAUGCACCAAUCACAUUUAAGAAAAAGUGCUACCUGCGGUUCACGGAAUAUCAUUAAAGGUAGGGUUUCGCUUACCCCCCUAGGGACCAGACAAACAAAAUGAAAAGCUAGACGUGUUAACUUCGGAUGAUUUUAAUUUGCGGUCAAUAGACAGUCGAUGAAGACGAAUGUCAGGUAAGACACAAACCUCAUUGCUAACAAUUUAUGUUGAGCGAACAAGGACGGUAUAAUUGGUAUUAGCAUACCAAUUAAAGAUAUGUUUCUGACCCCUCGAAUGUCGAUGAACUAAGUAUUAGAAAACUUUUGAAAAAGAUAUUAGGUUGGUACAUAACAUCUGUGACUUCGUAACAAGCGCUAACUCAGAUACAUCCGUAAAAUAAAAUGUUAAGUUUUACUUGGAACUUCAGGGAAAACUUAAUACGGAGGCAUAGGAGGACACUGGGGUUCGCGAUAUUGCGACAGCGGACAAUUUUUCUUGCAGUACUUCGGUAGCUUUUGCGGCAUUUUGGGCGGCACCAAAUAUUAUCUUCCAAGUCUUUCACUGUUUUUCCGAGCCGUUUCUAGUUUUUCUGAUUCUUUCGGAAACAGACAAAAUUAGAAAAUUACCCAACUGAAAUUAGAUUUGCACAAGUCGAAAUUGUUCCAGAUUCCUGAAGAAUCCGGUAUGUUGUAGUACCGAAUUCGUUCUGUCGUUUACACACAAGUAGAAAAAAUCCGAAAUAAACCUCCUCUCUUUCGUCGUGUCUCCGGUAAUUUUGAAUCUGAAAUCUAAAAUUGGAACUUCGAAUCCGAACACUUUUGAGUUCGGGACGUUUGAACAUUUAUUAUGUCUGAAAAGAGUUGAAUUGUCCUGAGGCUAUGUUCAACAAUUACUCGUGACAAAGGCUUUAGUCGCUUACUGAAUAAAACAUAAGACUCAGAAUUGUCUAUUGUUUCACGACGAACUAUGCACCAAUCACAUUUAAGAGACUUUUUUGGGAGUACAUGCUCCGAUACUGAAAGCGCUAUCUACAGUUCACGGAAUAUCUUCAACGGUGGGAUUUCCGAGAAACAAAAUGAAAGCUAGGAAGUGUUAACUGUGGACGACUCUCAAUUUGCGGUCAAUUGGCAGUCGAUGUAGACAAGUGUCAGGUAAGACACAAACUUCAUUGCUAUUAAUUUGUGUUGAGCGAAUAAGGGCGAAAAUUAACAUGCCAGAGGUACGUUUCUGACCCUUCGACUGUCAAUGAAGUGAACAAUAAAAAAGGUUUUUACAAAAGAUUUUAGGUUGACACAUAACAUUUGUGAAUCCGUAACAAGGGCUCACUCAGAUAUAUCCAGGAGAUAAAUGCUAUGUUUUAGUUAGAACCGUAGGGAUAACGUAAUAAGUAUGCAUACGAGCUCGAGGACAUUGAGGUUUGCGAUAUUGCGCCGAUAGUAGACAAUUUUUCUUAGAGUAUUUUGAUAGUUUUUGUAGCACUUUGAGCGGUAUCAAAUAUCCUUAAAGUCUUCCAAUGUAUUCCGAGCCAUUUUCAGUUUCUGAUUCUUUCGGAAACAGACCAAAUUCGAAAAUUAUCCAACUGAAACUAGAUUUACACGAGUCGAAAUUGUUCCGGAUUCGUUUCGCCGUUUACACGCAAGUAAAAAAAAUCCGAAAUAAAACCUCUUCUCUUUGGUCAUGUCUCCUGUGAUUUUGAAUCUGAAAUUUAAAGUUGGAAUGUCAUAUCCGUAAAAUUUUCAGUCCAGAACGUUUGGAUAUUUACAAAUUCUAAGUUGCUAUUUCCGUGUUGUUUGUACUGUGUAUAUUUUUGGCGAUAUUGAGGAAUGUGCUCGUUCUUUUUUUCAGUAAUGCAGCUUUCAGAACCCAGAAUAUCCCCCUCCGAAUUCUUGUCUUGAAAAUUAACUAAAACGGAAAAUAUGGUUCGCUUUAAUUUUGACCCAAAUAGUUGCACGAAUGUAAAAAAGAGCAAAUAAGAUUAUACAUCAGAAACAUUAAGAAGCAAAGAAUAAAAGCUUUGUUCAAUUAAGAUUCUUUCUCGGCUGACUGCGUUGUAUUGUGAUCCGAUGCAAUACUUCGUGUAAAGAACAUGUGAGAACUAUCAUACUACUUUUGCCCGCAUUCAAAAAUGUUUAAAUCUUUUUAUUCUCCUCUUAAGCUUGGAAUGGAAAAGGAGCACCAGUUAGCAGUGGAAGAUGAAAUUUCUCAAAGACAUAAAGAACAGGAUGUAGAUGUUGAGUUCAUCUGCACGUUGCAGAGGAUUUCCGUGGAACUCGUGAAAGAGUUGUCUCUUUAUCCACUCUCCAAAAGUGAUGAUUAUCCUGGUAAGCGUUCCCAAUUUCCUGGUGUCUACCUUAUAUAUUACGAUGGUGAGACUUCACUCUAUGGAAACCGGGUCCGUCCGUCAAAGGACAAGCCAAUCUACGUGGGAAUGUCUAAAACAAGUGUCUUAGAACGCCUGAACUACCACCGCGGCAGACUGGAAGAGGCGAAAGACUUACAGGUGCAAGAUUUCAAGGUACGGUUUAUGAGUUUGGAAAUAGACGACUAUGCCCCCUGUAUUGAGGGGAUGCUAAUAAAGUACUAUGAACCUUUUUGGAACUGUAGGAAUGGCUCGGAAGUAAACCUCUCUUUUGGAAACAGUAAAAGCAAUAAUAACACGUGGUACAAAUACCACAUUGAUGAAGAUAAGAAGAUAAGAGAAACUGUAGACGGUGUAAAACCUGCAAAACCUACAGGCUUGAGAGUCCUGGUUUUUCCACGUAUUUCUGAUAUCGCCAUUCAGCUACUGCGCUGGAGUUUCGCGAUUUUUCCACGUAUUUCUGAUAUCGCCAUUCAGCUACUGAUGCGUAGGAGGCGCUCGGCGAGCUCGGCGGGUGUGGCGGGCUUAGCGGGCGUGGCGGGCGUGGCUGGCGUGGUUGGCAUGGCGGGUGUGGCGGGCGUGGCGGGCGUAGUAGGCGUAGCGGGCGUGGCGGGCGUGGCAGGCGUGGCAGGCGUGGCGGGCGUGUGCUUGGCAGGCUAG